AUGGCUCUAACGCUUCUCCGAGGGAUCAGAACACCAACCUUAUUUAGAGCAAAUUUCAGCCUGUUCUGUACCACUCAACACCGUCCACUAGCUCACUUCACAACUAGGGCGGAGAGUGUGCAGACUACUGAGCCCAAAGCAGUGCCCAAGUCAAUUCAACAGGCUACUAAGGAGGCGGCGGAGCAGAAGACACAAGGUUUUGAAUCCGUUAUCGGCAUUGAGACCCAUGUCCAGCUCUCGACCAUCACAAAGGCAUUUUGCUCCUGCCCAAACAACUAUGGCUCGCAGCCUAACAGCACUGUUUGCCCCACCUGCAUGGGCCACCCUGGAACAUUGCCGCUUCUGAAUGCAAAGGUUGUUGAGUGUGCAGUGAAAAUGGGCCUUGCUCUCAACUGCAAGAUCUCCAUGACAUCCAAGUUUGAUCGGAAGCAGUACUUCUACCCGGACCUACCCAAGGGGUACCAGAUUUCGCAGUUUGACAUUCCAAUUGCUGAGAAGGGUUACCUUGAUGUGGAUAUUCCAGUUGAGUUUGGUGGUGGUCACAGGCGAUUUGGGGUCACGAGGGUUCAUAUGGAAGAAGAUGCUGGCAAGCUGCUUCAUUCUGAAUCCGGAAGUUACUCUCAGGUUGACUUAAACAGAGCCGGUGUUCCUUUGCUUGAGAUUGUCUCAGAGCCAGAUAUGAGGACAGGGAUAGAGGCUGCUGAGUAUGGUGCUGAGAUGCAAAGGCUUGUUAGGUACCUGGGAGUGGGCAAUGGUAACAUGGAUGAAGGUUCCCUUCGCUGUGAUGUGAAUGUUUCUGUUCGACCAAUUGGACAAUCAGAAUUUGGUACAAAGGUUGAAAUAAAGAAUAUGAACUCAUUUUCUGCAAUAAGUAGGGCAAUAGACUAUGAGAUCUCCCGGCAGAUUCUUCUUCACAAAGGAAGCCAGGCUGAUCAAAUUGUACAAGAAACCCGUCUUUGGGAUGAGUCCUCUCAGAAAACUUUUACAAUGCGAAAAAAGGAGGGACUCGCCGACUAUAGAUAUUUUCCCGAGCCUGAUCUUCCUGAAGUUGUUCUCACUAGUGAGUACAUUGAUGAAAUUCGUAAUUUGAUGCCCGAGCUUCCUGAGGCAAAGCGUAGGCGCUAUGAGAACAUGGGACUCAGCAUGCAAGAUGUUAUUUUCCUAGCUAAUGACGAUAAGGUUGCUCAUUUCUUUGAUUCCACACUCGAGCAUGGCGCUGAUGCAAAGCUAGCUGCCAACUGGAUCAUGGGUGAUAUUACUGCUUAUCUGAAGGAUGAAAAACUUUCUAUUGAUGAAAGUAAAUUAACACCUCUGGAGCUUUCUGAAAUGAUUGCAUACAUAAAGAAUGGAACUAUCAGUGGGAAAAUUGCCAAGGAGAUUGUGGUUGACCUCAUUGCCAAAGGCGGAACUGUUAAGUCUGUGAUAGAGGAGAAGGAUCUGGUUCAGAUUGCAGAUCCAGCAGCAAUUGAGGCCAUGGUAGAUCAAGUACUCGCUGACAAUCCGAAGCAACUUGAGCAGUAUCGGGCUGGGAAAACCAAGUUGCAGGGCUAUUUUGCUGGCCAGGUGAUGAAAGCAUCAAAGGGUAAAGCAAGCCCUGUUUUAUUGAACAAAAUCCUGGGGGAGAAGCUGAAGGGCAGCUGUUGA